UCCUAGACAAAGCUUAUAUUAAUUUUCUUUUUUUGGUAUUGGUUUUCUGCUCUAGCUUCUGUCUGUGAGUCAUACUUUAUUAAUUAAAUAUUAAAUAUGCAAGAUAUCAUUAAAGUAAAAAUGUUAUUUUCAGCUUUGAACGUCCAACUUUCACUUUUUACUUUGCUUAAGACACAUAUGUACUUUAGUGAAGUCUUCAAGUCUUAUUCAAGCUUCUGAUUAAAAUAAAAACAAUAACAUGAAUUGUUAGUAUGGCAUAGACAUUCUGUUGACUUUAAUUAACACUUGUGUUUCCCACUAGCAAAUCUUAAAAUUUUGAAAAGACAGCAUCAAUAUAAAUUCACUGAUUUAAGCUUAUUUAUGUAGGUAGACAUCUACUUUAAUUGAAAAAAAAUAAUUAUGUAUAAAACCAUAAAAUUAUGAUGUUCGAAAAUCACAUGCUUAUUUAAUUGGAUGUGUCACUGCAUGUUUUCAAUGUUUAUAGGCUAUGUUGAGUCACUUCGUGUGUUACAAAGCUGCAACUUGUUGGUUGAACUGGUUAACAAGGCAAAAGGAGAGACCAAGAAAGUCACCAUGAACCUCAAAAUUAAAUUUGAUGCUAUCGCUGUAAGUGCAUACAACAAGGAAGUUACAGACGACACGCUGACAGACCAGAGUUGGUCUAGCUUGCCCCUGGACACCUCACUCCUCCCCAGAAAGUGAGAUUCAUGGAGCUGCUUGCUUCAGGUGUUCCUGAUAAGGUUGACGAAGGGCGUACAUCUCCAGCACUAAGCCAAUGUUCAACGGACAGCCAUUUGUCAGAACAGUCAAGCCUGUCAGCUAGCCAACAUGCUGAUGUACAUGGAUUAGUGAAGGGCUCCGUCUCGUGGACACAUGAAGCCAUUAUGCUACUUAUAGACAGACGAAGAGAACUAAACCAUCUCUUCGAAAGUAGCACAGUGACUUCUUGUCAGGCAUGGCUAUAUGUGGCAGCUGACCUUAAAGAGAAGGGUCACGACUACUCCUGGGAAGAUUGUAGGAAGAUGGUCAGUUUGAAAAAUACCGUCAACAACCACGCCAAAACUAAGAAAAAGACGCCCACCGCAUACGAUGAUGAACCGCCACAAUGGUUUGCUGAAUACCAGCGCAACCAGCAAAAGAUGCACGAGGAAAAGAUGGCGUUAGAUACCCGUCGUGUUUCUGCCUUAGAAUAUCUUGUUAAAUUGCUACAGAAUCAACAGUUGAAAUAAGUUAAAAAUGUAAAAAAGUGCUUUAAAGUCCUUGAAUUUGAUUACUGUCUUGAAAAGUGCUUAAAUUUGCUAUAAAUAUGCUUGAAAAUGAUUGAAUGAAAUAGUGUUGAUAAAAGUCAACAGUUAACAAAAUUUUAAAACAAAAGAUCCAAUUUAGUAUCAAAAUCAAUGAAAUGUUUGCUCAAUGUAAAGGGACAAAUUGCAGUUUGUUUUAAUUAAUUUGUAUUUGAUGCAUUCUUUGUUGUUCUUCUAUAAAACCUUAAAAUUUGGGCUAGAAAAUGUGUAUAAUUCAAGAAAAAGUGAUGAAAUAAACUAUCCUUCUAAGGUUGAAUAUUGUGUCGAUACAUGUGCAACAAAUGUGCUUAAAAUGGGAAUAUGUGCUUAAAUAGUGCUUAAAAAGAAUUUUGACAUUGGAUGUCUGUAUGAACCCUGGAUUGUUUUAACCAAACACUUUUCAGUGACAUCUUGCUUUUUAAUUCAUUUACACAGUUGGGUCAAACAAUUUUUGAUGUAAUUGUAGUCAUUAUUGAAACUGUCUUUUGUUAUUUUAAUUAUGCAGAACUAUAUAUAAUAUGUUUUAACUACAAUAAAUGUUUUUGUGGUAUAUUUGAUUCAUUUAAUUAUUAAAUUCUUCAUUUCCUUGGAAACCAACCAGUACUGAGGGAUUUCUUGCUUAAGAAUUUUGGCUUAGCUUAAACCUGCAACCAACAGAUUAAGUAAAAUGUUGUAACCACUUCACCACUUUAUAAACUGAGCUGCCACGAGAUGCACAAGGGAGAGAUACAAUGCCUUAUUUGGGAACAAAUUCUCUCGGCAUUUUAAGUGAGAGUUCAGGCAUGUCCAUUUUCCCUAAAUGGUACUAGUAAAUAUGGGGACAAACUGUACGAAGAAUCACCCAAGAGAUGACACUGUCCUGUCCCUUCUGUCUGUAGCUUGUCACUCAAUGGGCAGUUCCUGAAAACCCGAGAAUCAUGGACGGAACAAGGGUAAGCACAGUAUACAUCCAAAAACCUUAAUUUGCUGUCACAAACACCCUGAAGGUGGAAUGCUGGCCAACCUUUCCUACAUAUAUAUGAGUCUCUGAAUUCUGAUGGCCCUGGAAUCUUUAUGUAGGUCUCAUUAACUGCUCCAAUCACUCCUGGAAAUCCUGCUCUUUUAGCAAAACCCUCAGCAAUAUUUCCGUACUCCCAUCUGUCAGGCCAGCAUACUAAAGUUGACAUGACUUCUUCACUGCUUAUAACUCUGUAAUUGUAAUGAAAAACUUUUAAAAUCAACAAAAUAGCUGAUAACUCUGUCAUUGUAAUGAACAACAUUUAAAAUGAACAAAAUGGCUGACAACUAAAUAAAACCUUUUUUCAGGGAAAAAAAAUCUAGCUCCCUGUCUUUAAGAACUG